ACUAAGCGUUUCUUCUCACACGACAUUGUCCAAUUGUCGUUAUAUGUUGCAGCACCUCAGUCCGCAAUGAACAAACUAAUCGUACUGUGCGUUUUCAUAAUUUUGUUUUACAAACACGCAAACGCACUGCCUGGAGGCGCUCCUUCACAGACAUGUAUAUCAAUGACACCGAGCCCAACAAAACACGGCCAACCUCAAAAAACUGAUGCUCCGUAUGUCAUACAAGUUGACAAGUCGUAUUAUGCAGUGAAUGACACGGUUAAAGUUUAUAUCAAAUCUUGUAAAGAUGGAAUGGAAAUUGCAGGAUUUCUCAUCCAAGCUAGAGAGGAAAACAGUAAUAAACCGUUGGGUCAAUUUUCCAAGAUACCAGAAAACACAAGGCAUCUUGAUUGUACGGCCGACAAUGCUGAUACUGAGCGGGCUGCGGUAACGCAAAUGCGAACGCUGACACAAAUGCCAAAGAAGAUGCUUAUGUUUGAAUGGAAACCAACUGAAAUGACAAGUGGGAAAAUUCAAUUCGUCGCAACAAUCCUAAAAGAUCGACCAACAUUCUGGCUUCGGGUGAAGUCAGUCGUAUUAGAGAAAAAGACUCAUGGAAUGAACUAUACCAUGCCAAACAACGAUAAAUGCCCCGGUAAAAACAGUAGCAUGACCACCACGCCUAAGACAAACGAAAAUGGUAGUCGUGACAUGGGAACCACGCCAAAAGGCAACAGUGGCUUAUCCAAUGCCGCUUUUACCAAUUUGUUACUGUUCAUGGCCGCGGCUGUCACCGCAAUGAUUUUUAUUUGACGAGUUGAAGAAUCUCCGACCCUGUGUGAGAUUGUCUCGACUGGUAUUUACUUAACUAUACUGCAUGAAUGUUCUUUAUAAUUUACUGAAUCACAUUCAAUUAACUAAUUUCUUUCAAUUUGGUAUAUAUACCGCUUGUUUCAUAAAUAAAACUAUGUGAUUGUACAGUUUGUACUA